AUGGCAGCACAAAACUCAUGGCCCAUCUUUCAAUUGGAUGUGAAAUCAGCGUUCCUACAUGGGAGUUUACAAGAACAAGUCUAUGUCGAUCAACCUCCUGAAUAUGUGCAUCCCGGAAAGGAAGGGAAGGUAUACAAGUUGAGAAAAGCAUUAUACGGGGUGAAACAAGCACCUAGAGCUUGGUACAGCCGUAUAAAUGCUUAUUUUGCUAAAGGAUUUCAAAAGUGUCCGUAUGAAUACACGUUGUUUACUAAAAUUGGUGCUGGUGGAAAAAUUCUAAUUGUCUGUUUGUAUGUAGAUGAUUUAAUCUAUACAGGCAGUGAUAUGACUAUGAUUGAUGUUUUUAAGAAAUCUAUGAUGGCAGAAUUUGAAAUGUCUGAUCUUGUCCUUGGCAUUGAAGUAGAACAAUCUCCUGCUGGGAUUUUCAUAUCCCAAAAGAAGUAUGUUCAUACUAUUUUGGACAGGAAGUUUGAUGUAUGUCACAGCCACCAGGCCAGAUGUAAUGCAUGCAGUCAGCCUCAUCAGUCGUUAUAUGGAAUGUCCUACAAGUCUGCACCUACUUGCUGCAAGAUCUUCCGCUAUUUAAAAGGAACUUCUGAUUUUGGCAUACUUUAUAAAAAGGGUACAAAGGAUGGUUUGAUUGUCUUUAGAGACAACGAUUACGCUGGAGACUUGGAUGAUAGAAGGAGCACAUCAGGACAUGUUUUUACAAUGGGAUCAGCAGCUGCAUCUUGGUCUUCAAAGAAACAGCCAAUUGUGACUUUAUCGACUACUGAAGCAGAGUUUGUUGCUGCAGCAUCUUCUGCAUGCCAAGCUGUUUGGUUCAACAAUUCUAUUGUCUCCCAAACACAUAAAUUUCUCGAAAUCCACUAA